AUGGACAAUGCCCAAGAGUCGCCCACAGACCAAGGUAAAGAGACAAGGGAGUCAGAGGAAAUGGUGGCUGCUCCCAGGGACCCAGGGGCUACUGAUAGCUACAGAAUCCCAGAGGAAACUGACAGAAAUGGAGAUUCAGACCUGAAAGAAGCCACGGUGGAGAAAGGGAAGCUCAAGACUCAGGAUGGCUCAGAUUUAACAGCAAUUGAAAGGGAAGACUCAUCGUUACUAGCUCCUGCAGCCAAAAAACUGAAAAUAGAUACUAAAGGAAAGAAAGAGAAGCAAAAAGUGGAGGAAGAUGAGAUUCAGAAGAUGCGAAUCCUGGUUUCUUCUUUUUCUGAGGAGCAGCUGAACCGUUAUGAAAUAUAUCGCCGGUCAGCUUUCCCUAAGGCAGCCAUGAAGGGGCUGAUCCAGUCUGUCGCUGGCACCUCUGUGUCUCAGAACGUUGUUAUUGCCAUGGCUGGUAUCUCCAAGGUGUUCAUCGGGGAAGUCGUAGAAGCAGCCCUGGAUGUGUGUGAGAAGUGGGGAGAAAAGCCACCACUACAGCCCAAACAUCUGAGGGAGGCCAUUCGAAGGUUAAUGUCAAAGGGACAAAUACCUAACUCAAAGUACAAAAAAAUUUUGUUCUAG